CCCGCGGCGCACUCCGUGACGUCAAUUUUAGUCGACUGUCAAGCGCACAGCUGACCCAAAACAAACUGACCUGAUGAAACGACUUUAAACGAUAAAAACUCUACAUUUUAGUGCUACUCGGUGAUCGCAGUCGUGUUUAGUGGAUCUGAGCCUCUCGGACUGACAUGUAUCUCUUAUUUUAUGCGGCCAGAACUCCGUUUUUACACUUUAUUUAGUGGUUUAUUCCUCUCAUUAACGAGCCUGUAGGAGUCUGGAGAGCUCUCCUCCUGUAGCUGGCUCAACAUGACUCUUCCAGCUCUGCACAACACCGGCGUGAUCUACAGACGGAUACUGGGACACUUUCCUCAGGACAUCAGUUUAGCUUUUGCUUAUGGAUCUGGUGUUUUCAAACAACACGGGACCAACCAAGGUCAGAUGGAGAAGAACAUGCUGGACUUUGUGUUUGCGGUGGACGACCCAGUGACUUGGCACACCAUGAAUCUGCUGCAGAAUCGCAAACACUACUCCAUCCUCAAGCUGCUGGGGCCCAAGAUGAUCAGCUCCAUACAAAAUGAUCACGGGGCUUCGGUGUACUACAACACACUGGUGCCGGUGGACGGGAGGACGAUCAAAUAUGGCGUGAUCAGUACAGAGUCUCUCAUUGAUGACCUGAUGCACUGGAAGACCAUGUAUGUUGCUGGACGCCUUCACAAACCAGUGAGAAUGCUGGUGCAGAAUGAGAAUGGAAAGCUACGUGCUGCUCUGGUGGCUAACCUGAAGAGUGCUGUGACAGCCUCCUUCCUCAUGCUGCCAGAGAGCUUCACUGAGGAAGACCUUUUCCUGCAGAUAGCUGGACUUUCUUAUGCCGGGGAUUUUCGAAUGGUGAUCGGAGAAGAUAAAUCCAAGGUGGCCAAUAUCGUCAAAGACAACAUUCAGCACUUCAGGAUUCUGUACAGCAACAUCCUGCGGGACUGUCCUCAGGUGGUCUACAAAUCUCAACAAGGGAAACUGGAGGUUGAUAAAAGCCCCGAGGGCCAGUUUAUCCAGCUGAUGGCGUUGCCUCGGACCCUCCAGCAAAGGAUCACAAAGCUAGUCGACCCUCCUGGGAAAAACCGAGACGUGGAGGAGAUCCUGCUACAGGUCGCUCAGGACCCAGACUGUGGAGCAGUCGUACAACAAGGUAUUUCCUCUAUUGUGAAAUCCUCCAGUAUAACGCAGAGCAUCAAGGGCAUUGCUACAGCUGGCUUGUGGAAGACGGUGUCGUACAGCUCCAAGAAACUGCUGAAGAUGUGGAAGGGUUGGAGGAGGAAGAAGAAGCCGUCUGUCUCACAGAUGUCCUGAUCCUGUCUGUUCACCAGGAACCUGUGUUGCUCUAUAAACUUGUUAGCCAGACAGUCGACGUCCAUCCUUUGUGUUUUUUACCCUGACAAACUUGUGGCUGGAAGAAUCACACCCUCACCUCCCUGGUUAUAUAUCACUGCGUAGCCUCUACGAAGGGGAUCACUGAGCAGGUGGAAGUCUGUGUUUGAAUAGUGUAGAGCUGUACAACUGCCCUUUAUCAUGCACUUCAUAAAAAAAAGUUGCAGAAAAAAGGAUGACAUUUCACGAGCCUGACUGAAUUAUGGCUGACAUUUAAUGGUACUACAGAUUGGACCUUUCCGCAUGAUGAUGACUGGCGGCGAGCAGCUCAAUCGGCUAUCUCUAGAGCCACAGCACUAAAUCAAUGUGAGCACAGCAUGCACAAAAUAUCACAUAGACUGUAUACUACCAAGUAUAAUGAAGAAAAUACUUUGGUGUCUUCUGUCAUUUUUUUAAUUAUGGGAUGGUUAGAUCUGUGCGUUUUCUGUGUGAACGGUCAGAUAACGGGCAGCUAAGAGAUUGAGAAUGAUAUUUGGUCUUUGUGCUGAGAGAGGGCUUUAUUGAACUCUCUUCAGAUGUGGACUGCUGCUACAUGUUACACACACACACACACUUCGUAUCCCCCUUUCAACUCGCCAAAGAUCUCAAAUCUGUCAUCUCUUUACGUUUUUAACAGCGAUUUAAUGUUUGUAUCAUAAAUUAAAAUAUAGGACCACAUUUAUUUUAUGAUAAAAAUGUUCCUCAUUGUUUAACAGUUUACCUCUCACACCCGUCUUGUUGUUAUGAGCAGGUCAUAUUGACAGCUGGAGGUCUUCGAUACUUGCUGUAGUCUAAUUCCGUUAUAAGAUCUGGGUUUAAUAAACAUUUUAAUACAACAGCAACUAUGAU